ACUACAUACGACAUCCGACGAUACGUCCACAGCAAAAUGCCGUCUGUAACAAACGCGACGGAACCCGUCCCAAUAGAGACGUCCCAUGAGGACAUGAUCCACGAUGCCCAACUGGACUAUUACGGAAAGCGUCUCGCGACGUGCUCGUCUGACCGUACUGUACGAGUGUUCGAUGUGUCGGAAGGGGAAGGGCCAAAGUCUGCAGGGCAGACGCUCAAAGGGCAUACAGGUCCUGUAUGGCAGGUCUCUUGGGCACACCCCAAGUUCGGCCACAUCCUCGCGUCGUGUUCAUAUGACGGCAAAGUCAUCAUCUGGAAGGAGCAGCCGACUGCUGGGCCCUCCGUUGGCGGGUGGUCGAAGAUCAAGGAGCACACACUGCACAAGGCAUCAGUCAACUCGGUAUCAUGGGCGCCGCAUGAGCUCGGUGCCAUGCUUGCCUGCGCCUCGUCUGAUGGCACACUCUCUGUGCUCACGUUCAAAAACGACGGCCAGUGGGGCGCCGACGUGUUCGAGGGCCAUGCGAUCGGCUGUAACGCGGUCUCAUGGGCACCCGCCGUGCAGCCCGGUUCGCUGAUCACACCGCAGCCGCCGACGAUCCCUGGCCAGGCGCCAUUCGUCCCGCAGAGUGUGAAGCGCUUUGCGAGUGCGGGUUGCGACAACCUGGUCAAGAUCUGGGGCUACAACGAUGAGAGGCAGGAGUGGGUUGUGGAGGAGACGCUUGAGGGACACACGGACUGGGUCCGCGACGUCGCAUGGGCGCCGAAUAUCGGCCUCCCCAGAACCUACAUCGCGACAGCAUCACAAGACAAGACAGUGCUCAUCUGGACGAAGGAUACUCCGACAUCCCCUUGGGUGAAAACCGCGCUCGAUCCGUCAUCUGCAUCAGUUACGCCAGCAUCAGGGGCUGCGACUGCGGGGAAGUUCCCGGACGUUGUCUGGCGUGUCUCAUGGAGCCUAGCGGGUAACAUCUUGGCGGUGAGCUGCGGUGACGGCAAGGUAACUCUAUGGAAGGAGAAUCUGAAAGGCGUGUGGGAGUGUGUGAGCGACAUGACGAGCUAGAUGCUCUGCGGCAGUGUGUAACUUACUGG